AAAUUGUAAUGGUCAUGUAGGCUGUGUUAGGUCAAUUUUAGAUAAGCUAAGAUUAGGUUGGUUCACUAAUCACUUUAGGUAGGAUAAGGUCAGUUUUAGUUAGUUUUGGUUAGAGUGACAAGUAUCAGAAUGUCAUGUGUGACUGGUUUAGGUUAUUUUGUGAUCAUGGCAAUCUGUGGCGCAUGAUUAGUGGCUCUCCAGUCCUUUUCGUAGAAUUUUGUGGCAGAUAUUGUACUUUUUGAAGAUCUCUGUCAUGGCUGAGUCAAACUCUACGCCCUGGCGCGCGUGGGAAGGUCUCGAUGAAGUGCUGUACCAGUUCAGUGCCGGCGAUGGCGGCUACAUUCUGCUGCUGACGGACCUGUGCCAGCUGUGGACGGAGACGGUGGACGCCGACACGUUCGUGGAGCGUCUCCGCGAGCUGAACCCGGCGCUGGAGGCCACCGGCGAGCAGGCGCUGCCGCGGCUGGCGGCGGCGGUCGGCGCGGCCGACAGCGGCGCCGCCUGGGACGGGCCGACGCUGCGGCUGGACAGCCGGCGCGACGGGGUGCCGCUGCGCUGGCAGUUCCGGCUGCGGCCGCUGCCGACCGCCGAGCUGGCCGGCCGGCUGUUGCGGCCGCUGCUGACCGCGCUGGGUCAGAUGCAGGCGCGCGAGCGGCGCCUGCUCGCCGAGGUGGCUGCCCGGGACCGCGAGCUGCAGGACUACAGAGAGUCGGGCGCGCGCCUCACGCUGGCCACCCUGCGCACCCGGCCGCUGGGGGAGGACCGGUUCGAGACGGAGAUGGCCGACCAGGGCCUGGUGCCGGCGCGGCUGGUGGACGCCGGCGCCUGGCGCGCUGCGCCGCCCGCCUCGCCGCUGAACGCGAGUCCGGUGAAGGUGGCGCCAGCGUCGCCGGCCCCGCCGCCGCCAGCGCAGCCUCCCAAGGAAGACGAGCAGGAGGCGGCGGAACGGAGGCGCCGGGAGCUGAAACAGAGACUGGAGGACGAGGCCAGGCGCAGUGAGCUCGAGAGGAAGAGCAAGAAAAAGAAACUGAACCUGUGAUAGGUGGUGCUAUCGCACUCUCCUUUUGCAUUUUCAAUGUCAGUUCUUGUGAUGUGUUAUAAGAGUCAUUUUGAGCGGGUUUCGAAUACGCUCAGGUAAAAACGAAUUGGUUCAUUGCCUGGCGCCUGCUGUAAACUGUUGCCUGUGAGCUGUCGAGUAAUGAGUGUGUUUUUGCAAACUGGCGAAUGCUCGAAAUGAUGUGGUGUCAACAGUCAACAACAUUUGCACCAUUUCCUAUCGUGCCAAUAGUCAAUAAUACCAUUCGCACCAGAACGGGAUGUACUGCGAUCAUCCUGAAAUGGUCACUUGAUCAGUGCGCAUCUAAAUCACACAAUUCAUUGUUUUGAGCUGUGUAAUGUGUAAUUUACGGAGUUGUGCCCAUUUUUUUUUUUUUGCUUGUUAAAUAAAUGUUUCGUUAACUUGUAA